UUCCCGCCACGGUCACAUUGCCACGAGACAAACAAAAACAAACCAACAUUUAGUUAAUUAAAUUAAAUAAAUAAAAUAUGGCUGUGCUACCACCAGAUCCUGUAUUCAGCCUGCGAUCCCCCGACAUGGGCGCGGUUCAUUCACUUUGCUUUCAGGAAAACGAUCGUCUGUUGGCGGGAACCCUUAAAGGCAGUGUUUUCCUUUGGGAUUUGCAGACCAACCGUUCCGCCCUCCACUUUGAGGUGGGAUCCGAGCCCAUAACCAGCCUGCACCACACUCCCGACCGCCUGGUGACCCAGGAGAAGGGCGGCACCAUCACCAUGUUCUCCAUCGGUGGCAGCAGCUACGUGAAGGAGCGCAGCAUUCCGGGAAACCACAUGGGCUACUGCCGAUCUGCCCUGCACACGGGCACCAGCAACACCAACGAGCAGCUGCUCUUCUACCCCUGCGAGGAGUCGUCCAUUGGGGUGCUGCACGUGACGGAUGCGGCGGCCCCCACCCAAAUGCUCGUCCCAGACGAUCCUCAGUUGCCCAAAUUGGGCAGUGUGACCUGCUUUAAACCCUUCGAAUGCGCCUCGCAGCUGUUCCUCCUCGCUGGCUACGAAUCGGGACACUUUCUUACCUGGGACAUCAGUUCGGGGGUGAUUGUGGAUGUCCUGGAGGUUGCCCCAGAUGCCACGUCAGUGGACUAUGACCCCGUCACCAAUCGCGGCAUUAUUGGUAGUCCAUCUGAACAACUGAUAAGUUUUAGCUACCAGCGACCAUCGAUGCAAUUGCAGCGUGGCUCGGAGCUGUCCAUCAAGAAUCCGGGUGUAAAUUGCGUCCGCAUUCGUGCCGAUCAGAAGGUGUUCGCCAGCGCGGGCUGGGAUGGACGCAUCCGGAUCUUCUCCUGGAAGAGCCUGCGACCGCUGGCCGUGCUCACGCAGCACAAACAGGGCGGUGUGAUGGACCUGGCCUACUCCAGCCAGCCGGUCUCUAUGUGGCGGGCUCCUAUCAUGGCGGCGGCGGGCAUGGACAGUCAGAUAUCGCUGUGGGACCUCUACAACUGAGCAGGGAUUUAGGCUUAAGUCUUACAGUGUCUGUUCCAGAUUCCCACGACUGCAACGGUUCAGAAGUCCUCUUGAAUUAGCUUUACUUUUAGAAGUAUUGUUGUAAGAACCCUUGGAUAUUUGUUUUGGUUCAGAAGUUGUUACUGAAUUUGGUUAUUUUGAAUAUUUUGGCCACAUAUCUUAGGUGCAUGCAGCUAGUUUUUGGUAAUAUUAAGUACAAUUAAAUUACUUUCGGCACUCCUUGAAGACAAGUGUAUUUUUGAAUGAAAAGUAACUUAAUAAAGUUUUAUGUAGUUAUGAAGUUCA